AAAACUUUUGUCCCAACUUUUUCCUUUGGACGUGAGCAGAGGACAAACGGACAGGGAGCGAGGACCGGAACACACCGAGCCUGACCCCCGCCCCCUCCACCACCACCCCCCGCUCCGUCCUGCGGUCGAGCCGCCGACCCCUCUCCGUUCGCCCGGCCGCCUCUCGGAGCUCCUCUCCCGGGUGCGCAAGGAGGCAGCCGCGCCCCGCGUCCUGCGGGGAAGCGAUGUCGGAGGAGCCCCGCUGCUGUUUGUGACCGGAACUUCUGCUGCUCGGGAAAACUUCCUUGCGCGGACCGAUACCUCCAGAGGGGGGAGGAAAAGAAGAAGUCCCCGUUCUUUCUUUUUCCUCCAUGAAGCGCGCGCAGCCGGCCGAGAGCGCGCCCAGCUGACGCGCAGACAUCGAUAGGUGUGAGGAGCGACGCAGGGUCGCGCCCGCGCCCGGAUUAGGUCGGACAGGCCGGGAUGGAGGGUCCCGCGGCCCCGGGACGGGCCUCCCCCUGCGGGCUGCAGCUGCUGCUCCUCCCGCUGCUCCUGCUGAGCUGCUGCGGGGCCGAGGAAGAGGUGUUGAUGAACACUAAAUCAGAAACGUCCGACCUUCGGUGGACGAAUCAUCCCGCUGACGACCCGGAGUGGGAGGAGAUGAGCGGUCUGGACGACGAGUCCAACAUGGUGCGGAUCUAUCAGAUCUGCACGCCCAACAGUCCGUCCUCCUAUUGGCUGAGGACACGCUGGAUCCCCCGGAGGGCGGCGACCACCGUCUACGUGGAGAUCAGGUUCACCAUGAUGGAGUGUUCUGCUCUCAACCAGCGUCACUGCAAAGAAACCUUCAACCUCUAUUACUACCAGUCCGACAGUGACGAGGCCACGCCCACUCACCCGUCCUGGAUGGAGAACCCGUACACCAAAGUCGCCACGGUCGCGGCCGACCACCUGCUGCGGAGCGGCGGCGAGCGGCGCUCCAACGUCAAGCUGUUGCGUCUGGGGCCGCUGCAGGGGGCGGGGCUCUACCUGGCCUUCCACAGCCAGGGCACCUGCAUGGCGCUGCUGUCCGUACGCGUCUUCUACAGGAAGUGCCCGCCCCUCAGACGUGCCUUUGCCUCCUUCCCCGAAACAAUCCCCCACUCUCUGGUGGAACAGGCUCAGGGUGUGUGUGUGGAGAACGCCGUGACGCCGCCCGGCGAGCUGUCCCGACCUCCCAGCAUGCUGUGUGGCGAAGACGGGCAGUGGGUGGGGCAGCCGACAUCCAGCUGCGCCUGUCGCCCCGGAUACGAAGCGGGCGAGACGGACUUGCGCUGUCGAGCGUGUCCAUCAGACCAGUUCAAGGCGGGAUCAGGACCCGGUGGGUGUAGCCCUUGUCCAACGAACAGCAACAUGCGGAUCCCGGGCUCCGCCUACUGCCUGUGUCACUCUGGUUACCAUCGAGCCGACUCCGACCCGCCACAAGCCGCCUGCACCCGCCCCCCCUCAGCUCCCCGCUCCAUCGUGAGCCAGGUCAACGACACCAUGGUGACCCUGGAGUGGAGCGAGCCGCUCGACCGGGGAGGACGAGGAGACCUGACCUACGGAGUCCUGUGCUCCGGCUGCGGCACCGCCACUGCCACUAAGGGACUGGCUGCUCCCUGUUCUCCGUGUGACGACAGCGUCCUGUACCGCCCGGCGCAGAGCGGUCUGACUCAGCGGCGAGUCGUCAUCUGGGGACUCAGCCCUUACACCAAGUACACCUUCACCGUCCAAUCGUCGAACGGCGUCUCUUCUCUCAGCCAGUCAGAACCGGCCUCGGACAGAGUCAACGUCACCACCAGCAGAGACGUUCCUGCCACACUGUCUGGACUGAGGCGGGCGGCGUCCUCAGAGACCAGUCUGACGUUAGAGUGGAACGUUCCGCUUCUGCAGAACCAGUACCACAUCCUGGACUACCAGCUCCGCUACAGUCCCAAGGACGGCGAGGAGGCGGGUCAGUGGCAGUACGUGUCCACCAGGUCUUCUUCGGUGGUGCUGACGGGGCUGCAGCGGGCGACGCAGUAUGAGGUGCAGGUCCGGGCUCGCUCGCAGGCCGGAUACGGUUCGUUCGGCGCGGCGAGCGGCUUCAACACACAACCUGACGCUGUGAGGAGCCCUCAGCUGGUGGUGACGGGUGUUCUGGUCUCCAUGGGGAUGCUGCUGCUAAUCGCCACGGUGAUGGUCGCUGUGUACUGUUACCGCAGGAGAAAGACAGACUCACAGAUGAGCGAUAAGUUUGGACACUAUCAGAUGGGACAGACGAUGAAGGUGUACAUCGACCCGUUUACCUACGAGGAUCCCAACGAGGCUGUGAGAGAGUUCGCCAAAGAGAUCGACGCCACCUACGUUAAGAUAGAGGAAGUGAUCGGAGCAGGUGAGUUUGGCGAGGUGUGUCGCGGCCGUCUGAGGGUCCCGGGCAGGAAGGAGAACUACGUGGCGAUCAAGACGCUGAAGGGCGGAUACACUGACAAGCAGAGGCGCGACUUCCUGUCGGAGGCGUCCAUCAUGGGUCAGUUCCAGCACCCCAACAUCAUCCACCUGGAAGGCGUCAUCACCACGUCCUGUCCCGUCAUGAUCCUCACAGAGUUCAUGGAGAACGGAGCGCUCGACAGCUUCCUGAGGUUGAACGACGGACAGUUCACCACUAUCCAGCUGGUGGGGAUGCUGCGCGGCAUCGCGUCGGGGAUGAAGUAUCUGUCGGAGAUGAGCUUCGUCCACAGAGACCUGGCCGCUCGCAACAUCCUGGUCAACUCUAACCUGGUCUGUAAGGUGUCCGAUUUUGGUCUCAGCAGGUUCCUGACAGAAAACUCCUCUGACCCUACGUACACCAGCUCCCUGGGAGGGAAGAUUCCCAUUCGAUGGACGGCCCCUGAAGCCAUCGCCUACAGGAAGUUCACGUCAGCCAGCGAUACGUGGAGCUACGGCAUCGUCAUGUGGGAAGUGAUGUCAUACGGAGAGCGACCGUACUGGGACAUGAGCAACCAGGACGUGAUCAACGCCAUCGAGCAGGAUUACCGACUGCCCCCGCCGCCGGAGUGCCCCGCCUCCCUGCACACGCUCAUGCUGGACUGCUGGCAGAAGGAGCGGGCCAACCGGCCGAGGUUCUGCGAUGUGGUGGCGGCGCUCGAUAGGCUGAUCCGGAACCCCGCCUCCCUGAAGGUGACGCACCCAGAAGGCACGAGUUCGUCCCAGCCUCUGUUGGACCAGCGCGUCCCCCCUCCGCUCUCCGCCUGUGGCUCGGUCUCCGAGUGGCUGCGAGCCGUGAAGAUGGAGCGAUACGAGCAGAGCUUCCUGCAGGCCGGAUUCACCAGCCUGGAGAUCGUCUCACAGCUCAACACUGAAGACCUGCUCAGAGUGGGCGUGACCCUCGCCGGUCACCAGAAGAAAAUCCUCUCCUCCAUUCAAACGCUCAGGAUACACAAAACCCCUCCCACCCUGCUCUACUGACCAAUCACAACCAACCCAGGAACAAUGCGGAGUCCCACGCUCUCCUUUUUAUGAACGCUCAAUUCGGAUCUGACCAAUCAGAGAGCCUUAGGGACCCGCAAGGACUCUGCCUCCUGAUGGUUGGACCAAUGAGAGGCUGUGACACUUAGAAGCACAAAGAACACUAAAAGAACAGCGCAGAGCUACUGCUCUUUAAGCCUUGCCAAAUCACUGCAGCCGUUCCACUGCUCAGGAAAACCCCAGAGCUCCUCAUACUUUGAGCUGAUUGGUUGGUUAGAGUUCCAGCAGCCAAUCGGCAUCCACACACAGCAAGGACAUAUGAGGAGGCCUUUCUUAUUGGACGCAGACUACUGCAGAUUUUACUGUUACUGCCCUGUACAGCUCCGCUGUCAUCACUAAGCCCCGCCCACAGCAGGUUAAAGCGCAGCUGGGAUGGGGUUCCGUCCCCCGUCCAUCAAACACUUUCCUGCAACAUUGACGUACCUAUUAACUGCAACAAUAGAAAUUCCGGAAGAUUGAAUUUGAGUUUCUACCAGAUUCUAUUUGACUGUGAUUUGUUUUUCCAUGUUCUACUUGCGUUAAAACAAAGAAAACCCUCUGACGGCUACGACACGUUUACGAAGAGCUGAAGGGGAAUUUCCGUCGUGAAGUGGAUUUGUGUACGAGUUCUUCCUAACUCUUACGGAAUAUUCUGGGAUUUUAUCAGAACAAAUUUUUUUUUUUAAGGACUUCAAGAGGACGCUGCGGAAGAAAGGAAAGUUGUGGAAACACCGUGGACGAAGCAUUCUGAUUCCAAAGGGAACAGACGGGGCACAUCCCGAGGGGAUUUGUGUAUCCUACUGGAAUUCCAAUUCAAAAAUCUGUGAGGAAUAUUCUCGGGAUUGCCUCUUUUGAGAACAUUGCUCAAGCUUUCAUGGGAAAAACAAAAACUGUGACAGAACCUCUCGGAGGUUUCAUCCGAUUCACUGUGAUUCUUCAGGUGCUGAAAUUCCCUGGAACAAUGGGAGACUUUUCAUGACAAACUUUUUCAGGACUAUUCGCGUGGAAUUACACGUCUCUUGAAAGGACAGCAAGGUUUUUUUAAACCGUGGUUCAGCAAUCGCAGAUGGUCUUAAUUUCCGCUUGGAUUUCAACAGUGUACUUCGUCGAGCCUGCGUUUCCAUACGGAGGGAUCUAGAAGUACUUUCACUCCUUGGAGUGGCAGUGCACCCCGAAUCUUUCCUUCUUCUAUCUGUCAGAUGAAGCGGUUUCCAGUGUGAUUCAUUCAGUGACACGUUGAGUGUCACUUUAAAACAUUUCAUUUUCAACCCGCCUGCGGCUUGGUGUCAAACGAGAACCGUAUCAUGGGUCAACUGUCUCGGGUUUGAUGACCGGACCCGGGAAUAUUUGGACAAUUUUGUAUCGACGUCAAACUGUUGAUGGUUUUUGUAUUGUAGCACUUUUUGUACCCCGAUAUUUGAUCGUGUGAUCAUGUUUUUACGCCGAGCAGAAGAUCAAUGUUUUUGUUUUUUAUAAUAAACGUACAUUUUUCGAGAAAAUC